GCCUUUCUAAUUUCAGAAAUAACUCGCUAUGUUUAUACAUAAGAGUGUAUCGAAUAAAUAGGCAAAAUAAGUCACCGUGUAAACAUUUUUUUUGUGUGAAGAAAGAUCCUCUGUUGUAAGUUUUGUGUAAUGGUAACAAUUUCAUGCUGUCGUCGAUACAAUUGUACAUGUUUAUCGGUGCGAUAUAUGUUUAAUUGCAAGUGGUCAUAACCGGCGGUUUUUUUCCUUUUAAAUUACGUGUACAAACAGAAGUUUAUGCAGAUUAUAUGGUUUCAUAGUGUAGUGGUAAUCACGUCUGCUUUACACGCAGAAGGUCCUGGGUUCGAUCCCCAGUGAAACCAUGUACUUUUCCCCAUAACUUUAGACAUUUCUGAUACGUAGCUUUAUCGAACAGUUUGUCUGUUUUUAUGGUUUUAAACCAAAUGUUCAAACCACUGUUACGUUGGUUAUCUUGAGGAAAGUUGUUGGAUCAGAAGUUGUAGCCCCGGUAGUAUAAGACGUAAAAAGUGGACCCUAACUUGCCCAACAGUUUAGGAAUCUUUAUUCAGCAACUCCGGACCCGAGCUGAGUUGUCUGUCUGAUCCUGGUUUUCUGAAUAAAAAUCCAGUUCGGUGUUGGCUCUCUGAAGCCCCCUGACCUACUUUGGAGCUCUGAGAGUUUAUGUUUAACUCCAUAAAGUGUGGACAUUAUUUUGAGUUACUAAAAUGACCCACUGAGAUUUUCUUGAAACAACACAACGGUUCAAAGGCCUCGGUCAUGACAGCGUGAUUUUUUGGUGUCAUUCAACAGAGUGGAGUGGUACAAAAGAAAGGAAAGGAAAGUGAUCUCCUUGUCAUUGGGACACAGCACACAACGAAAUUUGACCUCUGCUUUUAACCCAUCACUAAAGUGAACAGUGGGGCAGCUCAGUGGUCACUUGGCAGCUGGUGGAAUCAAACCUGAAACCUUCCAGACCCAAGUCCUCUUCCUUCACCACUAAGUCACCACUGCCCCUAAAGAGUCAUCACUGAUUGGUCGACUGAUUACUGCAGAAUAGGAUACACUGUCAAUGUGCUUUAGAUGCCGACUCAACGUUAACAUUAUAUUUCACCUCAUUUAUUGAUGAUGAUGCUGCUGCAGGGACAGGCUGACGUUUCAGAAGUCAUUUGAUACUUUUCUUCUGCAUCUCUUGCUACCACACACACACACACACACACACACACACACUGAGCUUAAGUGACACAUGAAGACAUGUUACAGCGCUGACACCGUGGCUCUGAUGUGACCAAACAGUUUUUUCUUUUUCAAAGCUGCAGUUGCUUUGCCAGCGUUCAGUCUGUUUCUGCGCAACAGCAGAACCAAGAGACCAACUCCUCCCAGGAGGAGCCUGUGAAACUGGAUGAUGAUGAAGUUCAUCCCCCGGUCAGACCUGUUCAGCGUGGCUCACUGUAAACUGGAAACUUCAGGCUGAAUGAAUGGAGAGGACAAACAAAAGACUCAGCCGCGUUCGUGCCCUGCAGCGAGGAGACAUGAAAUCAUUUUCCUGUCCGGUCCACGUGUGAACUCCAGCUGUUUCAUAUAGAUUUUUUUUUUUUAUUAAUCUGAACAUGGCUUCUGUGUAACCUGGACUUUUUUUUUAAGCUCAUGAAGUAAGGAGGCGCAACCAGAGGCAGGCAGGGUGAGGUUAAGGGAAUUAGAAGGUCCAACCUUGGUGGACGUCAGUGCAGACAGGCCUGCUGACCGACCACAGGUCCUGGUUUGAUUCUCCUGCAGAGCUGGGGGGGGGGCGGUGCGGGGGUGUGCCAGGACAUUCCUCGUGUCUCUCCCAGCAGGGACAGCCCACUUGGCUCUUAUUUUGUAAUUUCCUUUGAGGAAAAAGAAGGCAAUAGCAGUUGAAGGAAGUAUGAUUACUCACUCUUUUUCUGUAUUUACUGACUUCUGGAAACGAGGCUGAGAGUCAGAGUCUAGUACUGUCACUGUGUAGUUGUGGAUUAUUUAAUCAAGGAGCAACUUUUAGUUCUUAUUUCUCUUAAAAUGGAUUGUCUGAGAACCAAGGAAUCAGCAGAGAAGAUCAUGAACUUACAUCCCAUGUGGCAGGAACCUCUGGAGGUGCCAGGAGGCGACCGCCAGUCCCCCCUCGACAUUGUCGCCCGCAAGAGCGUCUUUGACUCGCAGCUCAAGCCUUUGGUCACUGAUUACGACCCAGAGACCUGCCAGCAGAUUUGGAAUAACGGUUACUCCUUCAUCGUGGAGUACGACGACACCACAGACAAGUCCACCCUCAAAGGCGGCCCCCUGAAAGACCAAUACAGACUCUGUCAGUUCCACUUUCACUGGGGGGAGACCAACGACUGGGGGUCGGAGCACACCGUGGACAGGAGGCUGUUCCCCUCAGAGCUCCACUUGGUCCACUGGAACUCUGAGAAGUACAGUCUGUUCGAGGAGGCAGUGAUGGAGGACAACGGCCUGGCUGUGAUUGGAGUUUUUCUGAAGGUCGGUAAGAGACACGAGGGGCUCCAGAAACUGGUGGACGCUCUGCCUGCGAUCAGACACAAGGGCAGCAGCGUGGAGUUUAACAGGUUUGACCCAGCCUGUCUGCUACCCAGCAACACCGAUGAUUACUGGACGUACCCGGGCUCUCUGACCACGCCCCCUCUCACCGAGUCUGUCAACUGGAUCGUUAUGAAGCAGCCCAUCGAAGUCAGCCAUGAUCAGCUGGCAGUUUUCCGGAGCCUUCUGUUCACGUCUGCGGAGGAGGAAGUUCAGAAGAGCAUGGUCAACAACUUCCGCGUGCAGCAGCCGCUGAGAGGGGCACCGUCCGCUCCUCGUCGCACCGUCCGCUCCUCCUUCACUCCCUUUCUGCAGGAGGCGCCGUCUGUUGAGACGCACAAGCACUGAUGAUGAUGCCGCAGUACAAAACACACACACACACACACACGAGAGUUACUGUCCUAUCAGAGCGGAUGCUGCUCUUUUAUACAGAAUAGGGUUUUUUUUAACACUACAUACACAGUGCAGUUUUUACCUGGGGGGGUGCGGGGGUGUGGGAUGCUUUUAAUUCUUAGUCACUAAGAUUUUAAAGUUUGUUGUCUUGAAUGUUUUCAACUCAGUUGUCAUGGCGACUCUUGGUUUUUUAUACUACAUGAACACUUUAUUCAGUUACUGCCUCUACAGCUGUCUCCUGUCUCAACUGUAGCUCCGUCGGCUCUGACCGACUGUUGGUGAUGGUUUUAUCCAUAUAAGGACGGAGACUGUCCCCAGUUUACAGAAGAGGGACGGAGGGACGUUAACAGUUUUCCUCCUCUGUCCUCUCUACAACAGUGUUUCCCAACAUUCUUUGAGCCACAGCACAUUAGGAAAUUCCCAUGAUGCACCGACAAACUUCAAAGAAAAUAUAUAUAUUGAUAUUCAAUUUUUUUUUAGCUCACAAUUUUCGUAGUGUGACACCUCAGCCUGUUUAGUUGUACACACUGCUGAAUAGUCCCGGGAAUUGAAGAAAGUGAAAUUGGAUCGUUUUUGUUUUUUUUCGUGGACCUGUACACACUAAUGUUCCGCGGCCCAGUGGUUGGGAAUCACUCGCUCUCGUAGAACACACAUCUUCAUUAAAUGUUACUCAGUUUAUCAGGAGUUUAGCAUUAAUGCUAGCUUUUCUACAUCUGUUACAAAUAUAUUACUGUAUUUCUCACACUACGCUGCAAUCUGGGGGAAACGUACAUCUGUCAAAAAAAUGUGUUAUAAAAUAUUUAUAUAUAGGACAUAUAAAAAUAUAUAUGCACACACAUUUUUAUCUGAAAAUAGCAUAACAGGCUAACAGGUUACUGAUCUCGUCACUACAUCGCUGAACCAGUUCAUCCUCACGGUGGCGUCUAAACAUUCCACCAACUCUAGAGGGCGCUGCACCUCCCUCUCCUCUGCUGCUGGGCCGUGUUCAGACCGACCGUCGGCAUCAGUUCCAGUUGGUACUCUUAGUUUCCUUUCUGCUGCUCCGUUACCAUCUUUGGCUGCGCACUUUAAAUUAUGCAAGAUCCGAUCUGGUCGCGAUUUUAUCUGUGUUCGGUAACAAAGCCUUUUUUUUUGUUUGAGUCGUGUAAUUUCCAGUGGUGGAGUAGCAGGAUGCAGGGGGCGCUACACAAGGUUCAGGUGUGCAGUACGGUAGCGUGAGCCGGUGGACCAGUUGGAGAACUUGUGACCCGUGUACGCCCGAGUGUGUAGCACUCCGUGUACUUGACGUAUCUCGAUGAUUGCAGGACACGAUUUUAAUUGCUCACAAUUACGCACAACGACGACAACCACAGUGCCUUAGCUGUUGUUGGUUUGACUCCCUGCUGGUUGGAGAGUUCCUGUUAACGAGGACGAUCAUGGCACGGGUUCUGCUGCUGUGGCCGGGCUCGGUCGCUCGGUCAGUCAGAUUAGAUUAUAUACAGGAUAAGGUCAGUGAUUUGAAGAACGUCAAUGAACCAGUGACGCUGGUUAACUGUUACUGGAUCGUAGCUGCUCUUUGUCCUGGAAAACCCUGGCUUGGUUUUUCUUGUUUUGUUUUUUUUUGUUGUGUCAGUACCGUAUGCUGUACGACAUUUGAAGGAAUGUGUUUUCUUUUUUCUUUUUUUGAUGUUGUACCUGUUAGCACAGUGUUUCCCAACCUUUUUUGAGCCACAGCAAAUUUAGAUCAUCAGGAAAAACCCCACCAACAAACAGAAAUCUGAGAAAAAAUAAUAAUCUUCUAGUUUAAACGACCUCAUCAUUCUUCAAAAAAUCUCCAUCUGUUUAGUUGAAGACAACGCUGAUAUACUGGCAGGAAUUGAAGAAAGACACUCACAAAGAUCUUCUUCAACAGCUCUGAUUAUCCUUUUUUAUAGCCAUCUGCUGCCACCUAGCAGAAGAGUAUUAAAUUGUUCUGCCUUAGCUGCUUUGAUGAGUAAAGAAAAAAUAUAUGCAAUAAAUAUAGUUUUCAAUUAAGUGAAAUUGAAUAAGUUUUUCCACCGUACCACUAGUGUGCCACGGCACAGGGGUUGAGAAUCACUGUGUUAGCAGUUCUGUUGUACAUUCAUGGAGAUAAGGGACCUGGUGCUGAACCUAUCGUCAUGUACAGCUGUGUUUUAAUGAUGUAUAUGGAUCACACAUCCGUCGUAUCUCAUUAUGGCAUUUUAUUUUUUUUAUUAAAAAAUAAUAAACAAAUGCAAUACA